AUCCUCCCAUUUCAUUCUGUUCUGAAUGACCUAUCCUGGGUGUGGAGAUUGUAAAGUCUCUCUCAAUGAAGGUCCGGGAGAUAAGCCCCUCUUUCUCCCAUUUUCCAUGCCAUGUACUCUGAAUCCUAGAAUAUAUGCAGUUGCAUGUUUUGUAUGUGUACCACAGUGCCCCACCUUCGGCGUGUGUGUCAGAACACACAGAAAAGUUAUAAAGUCGGGCACUUUAUAACUUUUGUUCUGUGACAGGGCCACAAUGGCUUGGAGCCUUGCCAGGUAGGCAAGCCUAGCUACUGCCAAGUAUCCUGGAACCUGUGUAUCUUCACCUCUUCUCUCCCAUGCUGAGAAUACAGUGUGUAUCACUGACCAUCUUCUUUGUGGGUUUGGGGAUCAGAACUCUGGCCCUCAUGCUUCUGAGGCGGCUCCUAUGGGUCUUUUCAGGUUUCCCUGUCCAGUUUUACUGUCCAUCUACUCUCUUGUCCAUACUCUUCCAAGAGCCUGUCUACACUGAAGGAAUGAAUAUUAUUCACAAAGGCCAGGACAAAGCCAGACCUAAGUGCUUUUGUUGGUUUGGGUUUGGUUUUAGUUUUGAGGCAGUCUACCUACAUAUCUCUGGCUGUCUUGGAACUCACUCUUCAGGUCAGGCUGGCCAUGAACUUGCCAGGACUCUCCUACUUCUGUCUCCCAAGUGCUUAGAUUAUAGGCCUAAACCUCUGGGCUCAGUCUGGUUUCCAUUUCUAUAAAAUGAUCAUUUUGCCUCUUGGUUUCCUGAAAAACAUCUGGGAACUCUACAAUUUUCCGUCUUUUGGGUGUCUAUUUAAACCUUCCCAUGAGCAGGUUACAUUUAUAAUUUAUACCUGUAAGAUCUGAACAUGUGUAUUGUAUUACUUAGCCUCCCCCUGACACUGUGUCUGUGACCCAGAGGAGGGAAGGCUCAUGCUUUUAGCAGUUGUAGCCCAUGUGCACUUAGGUUUACUUGGGUCCCUGUGAUGAGGCCGAGUAUCAUGCAGAAGGUUCGAUCAGAACGAAACUGGCCACCUUUGUAAGGGAAUCCCGAUCUCUAAGUUCAUUAAGUUGUAAAUGCACAAAUCAAUCACUUGAUGAGAUAGGUCCAGUCCCGUCAGUUGAUGUGAUCAGCACUCUUGUGGUCCAGUCGCAUCUCACCUCUGAGCACUGAUGCUCACUGAAGCCCAAGCUUGCAGCACACUUCAGAACCAAACCCUAACAGAAAAGUAAUGUUAAGUAUUCAUUCUGUUUUGGUUAAAAAAUACACCAAAAUAGGAAUUAAGUAAUUUGAAUCACCUUUGGCUGAGAGAGGCAUUGAGACUGAGUUUCUGUUUUCCUGGCCAUCCUGGAGCUUGAUUUGUAGAUGGAGCUGACCUGGCAUUCACAGAGAUUAACCUGCUUCUGCUUCCCGAGUGCUGGCUGAGUCACUUUUCUGACUGACAGAAAAAGAGGAUUUGGGAUGGAGAACUGGUCUAGUUAAAAGUGCCCAAUGUUCAGUUGUGAAAACCAGAGUUUGUAUUUCAGUACCAGGAUAGCAAAUCAGGUAUCCUAGGAGUGCCAUGCAAGUUCCUGUAACUCCUGUCAGAGGGUACAGGAGGAUUGUUGCUGCUUGCUGGCCCUCUACCCUCCAGAGAAAACAUGUGUCCCAACCUAGGGGAGAGACCCUGACUUACAGGAGUACGUGGGGGAGGACAGAGGAACACAGUACAGCUUCUGUUGGCUUCUGUGUGUCUCUGCAUGUACAUGUAAACUCACACAUAUACACAAUAAUUUUAAUAGAGAACUUUUAAAAAAUAUUGUUACAUUGCAUAACAUUUUUUUUUUAUUUUCAAGAAAUGAUAAUUGAGUCUGGCAUGGAGGCACAUACUUGUAAUCCUAGAACUCUGUAUUGGAACUUCUAGGCCAGCUGGGCGGUCAUGGCACCUGCCUUUAAUCCCAGCACUCAGGGGCAGAUGCAGGCAGAUCUCUGAGUUCAAGGCCACCUCUGUCUACAGAGUGAGUUCCAGGACUGCCAAAGGUACACAGGGAAACCUUGUCCCAAAGCAAAACAACAACAGAGAGAGAGAGACAGAGAGACAGACAGAGAGAGAGACACAGAGAGAGAGAGAGACACAGAGAGACACAGAGAGAGAGAGAGAGAGAGAGAGAGAGAGAGAGAGAGAGAGAGAGAGAGAGAGACAGACAGAGCAAGCUCCUGCAUCAGAGAAGACAUGAGUUAGUUCUAGGCCAGCCUGGUCUAGACAGUUCUAGGCAAGCCUGUACUAAUAUUAGGAGGUUCUGCCUCAAAAAUAGUUAAAAAAAGAAAGUGACUGUUGUAUCACUGACAGCAGAUACUCCACUGAGAACUCCUAAUACUCAAAGCAGUCUUUUUAUCAACAGGCAGCAUGAGCUUUUAAGACCAUAUAUUAAGACUUAUUAUUUAUUUGUAUGUGUUUACAUGUGUGUUCACACCCUUCAGUAUGGAGAUCAGAAGAAGGCAUCAGACCUCUUACACCUAGAGUCACAGACAUUUAUAAGAUGCCUGGCUGAUGGUGUAUGUGUGUUGGCUUCUGAGUUCUGAAUUUUCAUAAUGUUCAAACAAGCACUCCUAACCACUGAGCCGUCUCCAGCCCUGGUGAUUUACUUUUAAAUCCAGAAAUGUGCAUAUACAUAAAGUACACGAUGCACAUCCUUACUUUUAGAAGCAAAUCAAUGCAGCCUCUGAAGACCUCUUGUACCCUUUCCAGUAGUGUCCCUUUUCCUUCCCAUUGUAGUGGCUACUAUUACAAGUUUUCUAUUUAACAUUUCUUUGUAAAAUAUUUUUAGUGUGUGUGUACAUGCAUACAUAUAUGUUAGUACAUAUAUAUCCCUAAGAACAUUAUUUCCUUUUACAUAACUUUAGAAGAUUGAUUUAUAUUUUUAAAAUUAUGUAUAUAUGAGUUUCUGUUUAUGCACAAGAGUACAGUGCCCAUGUUGGCCAGAAGAUGGCGAUAGAUCCACUGGAAGUAGAGUUCUUGGUUUUUUAACUGCUUGGCACGGGUAUUGGGAUCUGAACUCUGGCCCUCUGCAAGAACAGCAAGGCCUCUUUAAUAGCUGAGCCGUCUCUCUAGUUCCCUUUUGUAUGUGUUUAAGCUUACACAUGCAGCAGCUAUGAGUGUGUUUCUGACAGGCUUUUUCCUAAAUGCUGUAUUUCAGAUUCACCACACUGACAUUUUCACCAAGGCAGUUUUCCAUCAUAUAUUAUGGUCAUAAUGCCAUAAUUCGUGCAUUAACCUUCCGAGGUGGAUAGUCUACUUAUUUCAAAUUGCUUUUCUCAAUUUAUAGGCAUCUUUGCAGUGUCUUGCUGCACUAUAUCUGAUGGCAUCUCUAGGCUGGGUAUUGGGAAGCUGAAUUUCGGGUUACUUUGUCUUCACUUCCUAUGCAACAUUUGCUGCUAAUGUUCAUGUUGGAGUGACUUUCUCCUUGAUCCUUGUGUGUGGACUAUGUUAUUCAAGUUAUUUAAAUGUAAUCCAGAAGGCAGGAUAGCUCCUUGUGCUUUCCUCUGGGUCUGGUUGUUUCAUCCUUCCUUCCAUUGACUGUCAUGGGAUGUGAUUGUCUCCUGACUACCAGCAUUCAUGUUUGUCAAACACUGUUUCAUUAACACUUCUUUAGAGCUGAUGUGUGUAGUUCUGUACUGUGUGUCCUGAGCUCAGAGGGAGACCCCCUUUGGUAUUAGUGGUUAAACAUCUAGGUGAUGGAUGUGGCAGUUCCAUCAGGGUCUUGGCUCUGAUUUGGCACAUCAGUGGUAACCCCAGGCAACAGGAAACAGGAACUGGAAGUGCGAGCCCAUUAUCCAGCACUUGGGAAGCAGAGGCAGGAAGAUUCUUUUUUUUUUCUCUUUUCUUUCUUUCUUUCUUUUUUUUUUUUUUUCUGGAGCUGGGGACCGAACUUGAUAGGCAAGUGCUCUACCACUGAGCUAAAUUCCCCAACCCCAGGAAGAUUCAUUUUAAGGUCAUUGUCAUCUAUACAAGGAGCCAUGGUGCAGCUUGGGCCUGAAGGAGACCCUACCUCCAAAAACUAAAAUUACAAACUUAAUUAUUUACAAUAAAAAUGAACUUGUCAGUCAGUCUCUUAGGAGACAAGGGCUAGGAAAACACUUGGGGGGAAUAUUUUUCUUCCCCAAGACAAGAUAUCACUAUAGCUUUGUCUGUCCUGCAACUCAAUACUGGCCUUGAACUCAAAAAUGUCUUCCUGUCUUUGCCUCCCAAAUAAGUGUUAGGAUUAAAGCCGUGUGAUAAUACACCUGGCUGUUUCUAUUUAGCUGAGGAUGACCUCAGACAUCGAUCUUCCUGUCUCCUCCUUUCCAGUGCUGGGGUUACAUGUGUACGCCUCCACAUGUGGUGGCAUGUGUGGACUUAGUGAUCAAACUUUGGGCUUCCUGCAUUUUACACAGCAGUCUGCCACCUGAACCUCGUCCCCAACCUCAGACAUUUCUUCAUGAGGAUACGAGUUAAACUGUUAUAACAUUCAACAUGGUGCCUUUUUUGUGUUGGCUGUAUCUGUUGUGAUAAUCUUUAUGUGUCCUGGAAGAGAGAGCUUUAUCAGGAAGUCAAUGUGAGUAGCUAGCAGGGGCCAGAAAAAACCAGAGCCGUGUGCUGGGGGCCACCCACACCUCAGCACAUCACUGAAGUUCAGAAAUGAGCUUGCUGCCCUGGGAGCCAUAGCAGCUGGGCUGGCCGCCCGCAGCAGACUUCAGCACUGUAAACAUCUGUCCUUGAUUGAAACCGUGUCCUGGCCGACCUCUUUGGGAAAGAGUGAGGAGAAGAACACAGGUAGAAUUUUAAGUAGAGAAAUUUUCCAGGCCUCUGGAAAAUGUUUCUCUGAUCAUGUAUCGCUUGUGCUUUUCUUUCCUUAGCUGGUUUUAAGGCGUGAAGUGAUGGUGGUAGUUGUGUCUGUGUCUUAGUCAUCUCUGAGUGAUUGUACAGAGUUUGGCCCUCAGCACCCGUGUCAAGCAGCCCACAACUUCCUGUAACCCUAGUGCCAGAGGCUCUUAUGCUUCUGCCAUCUAAGGUCAUGGCACCCGUUUGCAUGUGUACAAACAUACCUUCAUAGUUAAAAAUAUUAAAAAUAAGUCUUAAAAACAAGUAAAGUUGCCUCUUCGAGAAGCACACCUUUUCUCUUGAGGCCUUCAGCUGUUUGGACGAAGACUACACAUUGUGGACAGCCAACUGCUUUAACUGAAAGGCUACUGGUUUGCAUCUUCUUCCCAUUUUUAGAAAUACCUUCAGCAAUGUGGAGAUUGAAAUUUGUUCAAACAGCCUAGUGCCCUAAUGUAGUAGUCAAAGUUGAUAAGUACAAUUAUUACAGUGAAUGUCAGUGUUCAAGGUUCAUCUGUAAUCAGUGGUACCUAGAGCUGCCCACAUAGCAUAAACCAUCACUUUAUUCUGUGUGGGACAUACCCAGUGACCUGACAGCUCAGAGUGAGGAUCCAAGCUUCCAUCCUCAGGCCCUGUCCAUUUUUCUCCAGACUCCAGAUUUCGACAGGACAGCAGAGGCCUCCCAUAUGAGGGCUGCCAGCACGUCUCAUUCAUCUGGCUUGAGACCGGAGUUGACAUUGGCCCUGGUAACUGUGGUGUGUGCCUCUGCAUCGCCGGAGAUCUGAGCCUACAAUUUGGGCUAUUCAGCAUUUUGGGAUUUCAACACUUGAUUGUCUUGCCUGAUUCCUCCAGUUCUUCAGUUAUCAUUGCUUCUUAUCUAUCUGUAGAACUUACGAAUAUUCCUUCAGAAGUAGCCAACUGGGUUAUCUUUUUUAAUUAACUGAGACAAUGUCUCACAUAGCCCAGGCUGUCCACAUUUACCAUAUAUUGAAUUUCUGAUUCUCCUGUUUCCACCUCCCAAAUGCUGGGAUUAUAGGUGUGUGUCACCUCCAUACCAGGUUUUUAGGGAGCUGGGCAGUGUGAAUUUAGGUAAGCACUUUACCCAACUGACCUACAUCUUCAGCGGUGGGUCAACUUUAAAACACAAAACAAACAAAAAUCCCAACCGUAAUAAGAAAUCAGGUACUCACUGGGAGCAGUGACAGUAUCUACCCAUCAUCCCCACCCCACCUCCCAGCUGGAGUAGUCUGGUACCUGCUUUAUGUUUAGUAGGAUUAGAAGAGAGGGGGAAAAGAAAAAAGAAGCCUGUUGUGGUUGGAGGCUUAAAAUCUUACAACAAAGCUGUUGGUCAAGGAGAAAAUAUGUCAGAUACUCAGCAUUACUUUCUAUUAAUAAUCAGAGAUUCUCACUAACUGUAAAUUUUAUCCCAAGGCCGGUGUACUCAGAUGAUACUGAUCAUCCGAUUACAAGUGACCCAUUUAGUACAUCUAACUCCUAACUUAAUCCCAAAAGAAAGUUAGAAGGAAGAAACAAGGUUAGGACUUUCCUUCAAUUCAGAAAAAGAAGAAUAAUUUGAGUGUAUUUAUUUGCUGAAGUCUGUAAGGCACAACAGGUUAUGCACCUUCUAAGUAUAAUGUCUAAUUUCAGUCAAACAAAUUUAACAGAUUCUAGUUUGUUAUGGAUUAACUGGUUAAAAAUACUGUUAGAAAAUUGGAAUUAAAAACAGAUCUGACUUAAGCAGCUUUUUAAAACAAAGUAUGAGUAUAUGUUUUACAUAUUUGCUUUUACUUAGGAAAAAAAAUUUAACUUAGAAAAAAUCCAGCUUGGGUGUAGUGCCAUGCAGUGUAAAUAACUCAACUGUUUGCUUUUUACUUCUCCUAUGAAUGGGCCAGUAUAUGCUUACUGCUGGAGUUCUUGCUAUAAAAUUCAGGUAAGGGGUUUAAAUACACUCUAGAGUAUUAUUUAAAAAUAAAUUUGUUUCUUUCAAAUAGAAUACCAACUUCGGUCUGUGACAUUUGGGAGAGGAUUAAAUAAAAUAUGAAGCUUUUAUUGCCGAGUAAGCUGAAAAUACAGUGAAGGUUAUAUAAACACGUCAGAAAUAUAUAUCUAUAUAUUCAGAGAAUCAGCCCCUCUGAAGGACAGGCAGUCUACUGUUCUCUGCUGUGAGCGUUUUAUCAGCACUCAUAAUUCUACCUCAAAGACCGUGCCAGUGGGCAGAAACGUAAACAAGGGCCUGCUUUGUUUAUGUUAUGAAAUAUGUGGCUUGGUUUGUGUUUCUUUAUAGGUAUCUAACAGCUACAUGGGUUGUUUUAAAGCACCAGCAGGGGCCAGCAGAGGACUCUCUGAGAACAGAAUUGCCAUUGAGAUAUGUUUAUUUGAUGUGUUAAAUCCUUUUUAGGUUUCUUUACUUGCCACAACACUCUCUUUAAGUGAAUGAAUUGCACACAGUGGGAUAAAAUAUCCAAUGUGUUCAAACUAUAUUGGGGUGUAGCUUUUCUGUCUAAUCUGCAUAUAUUUUUAAUGGAAUGUUUGCCCAGGCUUUCUUGGCAGGAUUUUAAUAGUCAAAAUAUAAAUGGCAUCAUUUAAAGACUGUACCACUUGGCUGCAAAAAGCCUUAAAAUUACAGGACAAAAUGGUUGGUGACAGCUUCUCCUCAGCCUUUUUUUUUUUUUAAUUUCCCCUUGAGGAGGUUAUUUGGUGUUUACCACAGUGUUACUAGGCUCACUUUGUAGUUCAGUCUGUCAGCUUUCACUUUCAUAAUUGUGUUUUGCUAAAAUAUUUAUCUGUUUGACUUCACAGUCAAGUUUUAUGCGCCUCACCCCAUGUUUUCAUAUUUCCGAGUGUAUUCAGAUUUCCCGCAUUAACUAACCUGACUAAUCCCUCAGUAUGGCCACUAGUUGGAAAUUCAAUCUUCAAUUUGAUACUCAAUCACACAAGUUUUAUUUGUACCCACUUCCUGUAAUACUAUAGCGGUUGGUGAAAACAUUAGUGGUUAGGAUUACCGGGGAAAGUUGCAGGCACUGAGAUUUCGGGAGUUAAAUGUUCAUUUUGGGCUGGGGUGAAAAACUGGGUUUCCCGUUGAAAUGCAAGAAGCUUCUUGUUCUUGUGUUACUCAUUCAUGCAAAUUGGCGAAGGUAUAAUUGAAACAAGGUUGGCUGUGUUUGAGUCAGGACUGCAGCUGAGCUCAGCUUAAAGGUCGCUGGAAAUCAAGUGCUUUGUCAGUGAAGGCGUUCUGACUCCCAGUGAUUCUAGACACUUGGGGAAUGUCAAUCUCAGGCAUCGGCCGUCCUUUUCUGUGAAGUCUGGAGUCUCGAGCCGUCCUGAGGUUAAAGACGCCCCUGACCAGCUUUUUCUCGCCACUGCUGGUUUUUUUCUCUGGCUGCAGCACAGCCGCUGCUAGCCUGUCUACAGACAGAGCUCUUCGAUUUGACUCUCAGCCCUGAACAUGCUUGGAAAUGAGAACAAAUGGCACAGAGUUUACGAUUGCACUUCGCAGCCAGAAGAAGCAAGACUUACCCUCUGUCGGAACCCUCUGGAGAUGACUUGGAUAACCACAUUCACACACACGGCCAGAGGCCACCCCGGAUCUCAGUGGCCAGCGUGGUUCAAAUGAGGCUGAUCCCCAGACAGACGCCACUGGCUCAGUGGGUAGAUCAUAGAUCCGCCGAAAGUACUGACAGAAAGAGCAGCUGCCUGCAGAUCUCACUGCAGCCCAGGUAUGGUGGGUGUCUUCCCUCCGGCACUGUUGUGGUAGAUAGGGACGAUAUUUCCUUUACCUGUGCUUUAAAGGAUAGUGUUUGCAGCAGCACUGGAGUUGACAGUGAGGUGUCCAGUGCCAGUGAUGGCAGCCUCUUAGGUAUUUCUGCCAUGUACAAUGGCAGCCUCAGUAACUUCUCAGCCAGUGACAAUGGGUCUUACAGCAGCAAUGGUAGUGACUGUGGGUCUUGUGCAAGCCUCACAAGUGGAUGCUCUUACACAGGCAGUGUUGUCAGCGACAGUAGUGGUUAUGAGACCUUUUUCAGUGGAAAUUUACCUUCUGACAACACCUCCAACAGAAGCGUGCCAGUCAACACUGCUCCCCGUGAAGUUCUGUGCAGAAGUCCCAGUAGGCUUCCCUUUGCCCAGGAAGACCUGGAACAUGGAGUAGAGAUUAUGAAAGUGCCGGUGAGCGGGAAUGCAAAGGUUCCACUGAAGCGCUGCACAUCUUUGGUCAUUUUCCCAAGGAGUCCUUCAAACACUCCACCAGCAUCCCCGACAAGCAGGGGUGCCUACCAGACCUCACACCAGUUGGUUGUGUCUCCUACCGAAACUGCACAUCAUGAAGACGGAACUGGCACCAGGGGCUUCCUGUCGACAGCUGUCAGCGGGCUUCGGUUAUCUAAAGUGACUUGUACUCCUGGGGAAGUCAGAGAUGUUCGGCCGCUCCAUGCCAAGGGCUCCCUGCAAAAGAAAAUUGUCAUUUCAGAUAAUAGGCCCAAACAAACUGUGUGUGAGAAGUUGCCGGAAAGAUUUUCCUGUGUUUCUGUGCACUUGACCCAACAAAAUCAAACAGCGUCAGAUUGUGCAAACCCAUGUGUUGGCCGCACAUCAGAGAGGUUAGAACUUCAGCUCCAGUCUGAUUUGGACCAUGGCAUGCUCACACAAAGGGCAUCUCCUUGCUUACCAACUACACCAGACACGGAUUCCCAUGUAAACAUCCGUGGAGAGUUGGAAAGACCAAAUUCACAGAGAAGCAGAGGCCGUGCUGCUUUGCAAAGAAGUGUCUCGCUGGGUGGGACAUAUCCGAAUGUUUCCUGUUUAUCCAGCCUGAAGCACAGUUGUUCAAAGGGGGGACCAUCUCAGUUGCUCAUAAAGUUUGCAUCUGGGAAUGACGGUAAAGUUGAUAGUUUCUGGAGAGAGAGAGACUUGACAAACGAACUGUCCGGUGUCCGUAAGACAAGAGAUGAUUUCCUGGGUCAAGUGGAUGUCCCUCUCUAUCCUUUACCGACUGAAAACCCAAGAAUGGAGAGACCAUAUACAUUUAAGGAUUUUGUUCUUCAUCCAAGAAGCCACAAAUCAAGAGUUAAAGGUUAUCUGAGAUUAAAAAUGACUUACUUACCUAAAAACGGCUCAGAUGAUGAAAAUGCAGACCAGGCUGAGGAGUUAGAGCCUGGCUGGGUUGUUUUGGACCAACCAGAUGCUGCCACCCAUUUGCAGCAUCCACCAGAACCUUCUCCCCUACCUCCAGGGUGGGAAGAGAGGCAGGAUGUCCUUGGAAGGACCUACUACGUAAACCAUGAGUCUAGAACAACACAAUGGAAAAGACCAAGCCCUGAGGAUGACCUCACAGAUGAUGAGAAUGGUGACAUUCAGCUGCAGGCGCAGCGAGCAUUUACCACCAGGCGGCAGAUAUCGGAGGAUGUGGAUGGCCCUGACAACCACGAGUCCCCUGAGAAUUGGGAGAUUGUACGAGAAGAUGAGAACACCAUGUACAGUGGUCAGGCUGUUCAGUCGCCUCCGUCAGGUCACCCAGACGUGCAGGUCCGCCUCGCAGAGGAGUUAGAUACCAGACUCACCAUGUAUGGAAACCCGGCCACCAGCCAGCCAGUCACCAGCUCAAACCAUUCCAGCAGAGGAGGCAGCUCGCAAACCUGUAUCUUUGAGGAACAGCCUACACUUCCUGUGCUUUUGCCUACUUCAUCUGGAUUGCCACCAGGUUGGGAAGAAAAACAAGAUGACAGAGGACGAUCGUACUAUGUAGACCACAACUCUAAGACAACCACAUGGUCCAAGCCCACCAUGCAGGAUGAUCCAAGAUCGAAAAUUCCUGCUCAUCUGAGAGGAAAGACACCAGUCGACUCCAAUGACCUGGGACCUUUACCUCCAGGCUGGGAAGAAAGAACGCACACAGAUGGAAGGGUCUUCUUCAUAAAUCACAAUAUAAAGAAGACACAGUGGGAAGAUCCUCGGAUGCAGAAUGUGGCCAUAACUGGACCAGCAGUGCCCUACUCCAGAGAUUACAAAAGAAAGUAUGAGUUUUUCCGAAGGAAGCUGAAGAAGCAGACUGACAUUCCAAACAAAUUUGAAAUGAAACUUCGCCGUGCAAACAUUCUGGAGGAUUCUUACCGGAGAAUUAUGGGUGUGAAGAGAGCUGACUUCCUCAAGGCCCGACUCUGGAUUGAGUUUGAUGGUGAAAAGGGCCUUGACUAUGGAGGAGUUGCCCGAGAAUGGUUCUUCCUCAUCUCAAAGGAGAUGUUUAAUCCCUAUUAUGGCCUGUUUGAAUAUUCCGCUACGGACAAUUACACUCUGCAGAUAAAUCCAAACUCGGGCUUGUGUAAUGAAGAUCACCUCUCAUACUUCAAGUUCAUUGGCCGUGUGGCUGGGAUGGCGGUUUAUCAUGGCAAGCUGUUGGAUGGGUUUUUCAUCCGCCCCUUUUACAAGAUGAUGCUUCAGAAACUGAUAACACUGCACGACAUGGAGUCCGUGGAUAGUGAAUAUUACAGUUCUCUGCGAUGGAUUCUUGAAAAUGACCCGACGGAGCUGGACCUGAGAUUUAUCAUAGAUGAAGAGCUUUUUGGACAGACACAUCAACACGAGCUGAAAACUGGUGGAUCGGAGGUUGUGGUCACCAACAAGAACAAAAAGGAGUAUAUCUACCUUGUAAUCCAGUGGCGAUUUGUGAACAGAAUCCAGAAGCAAAUGGCUGCUUUUAAAGAGGGAUUUUUUGAACUGAUACCACAGGAUCUGAUCAAGAUAUUCGAUGAAAAUGAACUAGAGCUUCUCAUGUGUGGUCUGGGAGAUGUGGACGUGAACGACUGGAGGGAACAUACAAAAUACAAAAAUGGAUACAGCUUAAACCACCAGGUCAUCCACUGGUUCUGGAAGGCUGUUUUGAUGAUGGAUUCAGAAAAAAGAAUACGCUUACUUCAGUUUGUUACUGGCACAUCCCGUGUGCCUAUGAAUGGAUUUGCUGAACUCUAUGGCUCAAAUGGACCACAGUCCUUCACAGUGGAACAGUGGGGCACCCCUGAUAAGCUGCCCAGAGCACAUACCUGCUUCAACCGCCUGGACCUGCCACCCUAUGAAUCCUUUGACGAACUCUGGGAUAAACUUCAGAUGGCGAUUGAGAACACGCAGGGCUUUGAUGGGGUUGAUUAGAUUACAAAAAACCAAGCUGUGGUGUCUUAUACACCAUAGUUCCUAAGCAAAAGCAAAAACAAAAUCACAUUUUAGCAUUUUCCAGAUAACUUCUAAAAGAUGGCCACUGGCUCUUCAAGAGUCCAGAGGACAGUUUGUUUAUCCAUGAUUUCAGCCACCACCACGCUGACUUGUUCCUUUGUCCAGUUGUUGGGGUUCAUGUGUACGGCAGGAUGUGAGUCCUGUGUGCCUGAGUUCUGACCGUAUUUCAUCUUGCUAGGCACAUCCUUCUAAAACUACUGAGAUUCCAACUGUGAAAUAUCUGUAAUGAGUAGCUGGUGGGAAAAAUUGACGCUUUUUUAAGAUGAAAUUUGGACAAAGAAAGUCUUUAAUGAUUGAUUCAUAAACCGCGACACACUUAGUACCACGUGUCGCUUACUUACUCUGUAGACCUGCCUAGUGUACCUUAUCGCCUAGACCCCUUGAAGCCGCUUUGGAAGAUGUAUCACAUGUGUUUUUAGUCACUUAAGUAAGUCACUUGUGUUUUAAAAAAAAAAAAAAGUUACUCUUCACUUGGAAGUAUUUCACGUGUGUUAGCAUGCAGCUUGAGCCUAAGGCGAGUCUGGAGACAAGUGGGGCAAGCUUUUGUCCGCAGUGUGUAGUGAGUACUAGGCCUCCUUUUUGCCUGUGCACCCUCAAGGCUAGAGUCCUGUGUUAGCGUUAGAAUUCCUUCAAACACGAAACAAGCUCCACACGCAGUGUUUCUAAGCAUGCCGUGAAGAACCGAGUUACAUGUAUGACUUGCCCUUACCAGCCACUCUUCACGCUUGCAGUCACGUAGUACAUACGUGUUUACGGAGUUCAUUAUGUUUACAGAUUAAGCGAAUUUCUGUAGUUGCAUUUUUAUAUUUUUAGUAUCACAUUAGUAUAAAAAUUUGUUUAAAAUAACCAAAGAGUAGUUCAAUGCAUAAUUUGUAUGAAUUUGUUACCAGGUUUCUUAUGCUUUCUAAAAAAUACUGUUUCCUAUGAAAAUUAUGUUUUAUUAAAGUCAAAAACCCUUGGGGCAAGCAAAAGCUACAGGUGGACUCCCACCAUAACCACAUUGAAGCACAGGAAGAGAUCCCACGCGUGAGCCCACGCGUGAGCCCACGCGUGAGCAGUGCGGGCUGGCUGUGUACCAGGCCCUUGAGGUAAAACCGUCAGCUCCAUCUUUAUCCUCAAGCUUAGAGAUGUGUAGGCGACUGUACUAACAGUAGAAAGCAGGAGUUAGCAGAAUACGGCAGAAGGACAGGAAAGCGAGGUCCUAGUCCGACUGCAAGGUUAUGUCUGCCAAGGUUCCUUGUAUUCACCUUACACUGGUGACUGAUCAGAAAAGGCUCUUUAUACAUGAGAAAAGCGAAGCCUGUUUUUCAGUGUGGCAUGUAAUGAGUUAAUGUAAGCUUGUGUUAUAAACUUUCUGGAAUGCUUAUAAGUGGCCUGUGGGAGCUGUAAGAAAUAACUUGGGGCCAUUGGUUUAAGCUUACUGGCUCUGACAUGACUAGUGCCUGUCAGCCCAUGGUAGGGAUUUCAGUGACGAUAGCAGAAACGCUUUCCAUAGGCCAGUGCAUGCUUCCAGGGUGAUCAGAGUCAGCCAGGCAUGGCCACCGUCCAGUCUUGAUUUUAUCGUUGGCCAGCCGAGCCUGCGGUACAGGGCUCCAGUUCCCUGUCUGGCAGAUGUGAAUACCUGUGCCCGCCCUCUCUGUCUCUAAAGGCUAUGUUAAGUUCUUAAAAAGGUACUUCCUGCAAGCCACCAGUCUCAGUCAGCUCCCCCUCCCAGUGAGCAUGUUAACCUAAAAAUAAAAGUUCAUUUACCGUAGGCAAGGGUGAUCCCUAAUGAGUACUGGCUUAUGUGCGUUUUCAUGUAUGGAUCUCAGUGUCAGAGUUCACUUUCUCCAUAGUGGCAAAGUAACACUAAUAUGGGCCGGUGUGUUACCUGGAAUGUCCCCAUAGUAUAGAACUAUGGGUGAAACCAUCUUGUGAAAACAGAAUUGUACACACGGUUAUUCAGUGUCGCCUCUGAGAGAACUCAUCCACAGCAGAGCUUAGAAAACACGAGCUUCCUCUUCCUCACACCCAUUUCCCGUUGGAUGAUUCUGUGACUUCACUAGAACCUGGUGUUAAGGAGACCAGGUGUGUUGCACCCCUACCCCAGUGUGUAGUGACAGUCUGGAGGGACCCUGGGUGGAACACCACAGCCCCUCAUGCCAGUGCAUGAAAACACCUUGUUGACAUUCUGCCACUGGGGCAUUGUGAAGUCACUUACACGAAACACAAAGGCUUUGUACUUCUCUAGGGAAAAAAAAGUAUUUUAGCCUUUUUCUCUAAUCCUUACCCCCAACAAAUGAAACACAAAAUUGCAUUAUAAAAGCAAACCCAAAUGGUAUUUGUUUUCAAUUUUAUUUAUACCUUUCAAGUUAUUCCUUAUAAGUAUCAAGUUAAACACAAUUGGUUUUAAUGAGAAGCUAUUUGACAUUGUUUUUAAAUUUUUUCUUAUAUGGUAAAUGUAUAUCCAGAAUAAUGUAUCGAAAUUUAUUGCAUAAACUAUAAAAUCAUUUUCAAAAUCUCAAUUCCACAAAUAAAGUUCUAUUCUAAUUUUAAAAACAAA